CAUGGCGCUUUCGUACAGCCCCGAGUACGCCAACGGAGCGCCAGGCCUGGAGCAUCCCCACCACUACGUGGGCGGAGUGGCUCCCCCUGGUGGUGGCGGCGGGCCGCCGGGCCUGGGGGGCGGCCCUCGGCCGGUCAAACGGCGCGGCACGGCCAACCGCAAGGAGCGGCGCAGGACUCAGAGCAUCAACAGCGCCUUCGCUGAGCUGCGCGAGUGCAUCCCCAACGUGCCGGCCGACACCAAGCUCUCCAAGAUCAAGACGCUGCGUUUGGCCACUAGCUACAUCGCCUACCUCAUGGACCUCCUGGCUAAGGACGACGCCAACGGCGAGACCGAGGCCUUCAAGGCCGAGAUCAAGAAGACCGACCUCAAGGAGGACAAGAGGAAGAAGGAGCUGAACGAGAUCUUGAAAAGCACAGUUAGCAGCAACGACAAGAAAACCAAGGGAAGGACUGGUUGGCCCCAGCAUGUUUGGGCUCUGGAGCUCAAGCAGUGAAGGCGAGCGCCAAGAGUGGAGAACUCAUCCCUUCCAGGACUCUGGACCUUCCAAGCGAGGUUGCUGAGCUGAGGACUUUUCCUUCUUGCCCUUGUUUUGGAAUCGUAUGGUUUAUUUAUGUGCAAUUUCCCUCCCCUAGUCUUCCUCCUUUAAAAAUAAUGUGGAUCUUGGGAGAAAAGCAUUCCAUAUUUCAGUAUAUGAAGAGGAAAACUCCGGCGUGGUAAGGAGAAACAUGAUCUCCAAAGAGUGUUCCCCCCUCCCCCGUUAUGAAUGUUACAUUGCUUUGUUUGUAUAGAACCCAGGGGACAAAAAAAAAAAAAUCAAAAUCAAAAAUGAAGGCAUUAGUGUGUAAUAUGAAGUGUAUACGUUUAAUACCUGCCCUGUUUUGAAUUAUUGUGGAUGAUAAUUUUAAGCCAAAACAGUUGCUUCCCCUGCCCCCCAGGUUUCCUAUCUUAUUUGAGAUAGGACUUCAGGGUUGUGAGGGUUCUCUGCCCCCCUCCCCCCAGUCUUGAUUGUUCAAUAGUUGGAAGAGAGUUUCUAACAGUUCUUUGUUAAUCUGCACUUCGGUCCUAAAGGAAGCAAAACAAAAAUUAAAAUUAAGCAAACUACAA